CUGGUGAUGCCUGAUACACCAACGCCUCACGGACAAUCUCAAUAGUGAGAAUCUUGAUCUUGAAGUUGAAGUUGAGGUGGAUAAAUCAGAGCAAUAUGAAGGGAACAGCUAGUGUACUUACACUCUCAGCCCUAUUCCUCGUGGCACACGGUGCUCCGGCGGAUCCGGACCCAACACCAGUUUCGAAAGCGAUCGCCCUCAUCCAUCAUCUCUCCUAUCUGAUCGACUAUCUGGUGCAGUACGUGCUAGGGAGUGAAAAUGAUCGCAAAACGCCUCAGGAAGCGGUAGACUACUAUCGGACAGCUCUGGAGGAGGGAAAAGCUGCUCCAACGGGACAGGACUCCAGUGGGCUGAAGCCGGACAAUGCACGCGCACGUCAGGAAACGGAAAUUAUACACAAAAUGAUGAAGGUUUAGGGCCUGCCGGCGGCUGUUAGCCCAUGCAUGAAGGUCCAUCAUGAUCGGAAAGAAAUUAGUGAUCAUCGAACUGCA